UGUGUUAGGCUGCCUCACACGGCGAGGGAUCGCGGACUCCCCGGACGAGGCGGCGGCGGCGGCGGAGCUCCGGCGAACCCACACGGCGGCCGCCCCGACUCCGUCUCCUCUGCUUCUCCCACAGCUCCGGCGACAAUCCAGAAACUCCACUCCCUUGAGAGCGAGCGCCGCCGCGCCGCCGCCGGUGAUUGCUUCCGCCUGCAGCCUCGUCGAAAUCGUAGGCUGUGGAUUCAGAAGAGAGAGGAGAGAGAGAAGUUCGAACAGAGCAGGUCACGUGGAGCGCCAUGUCCACCCGGAGCGCCUUCCUCGCCGCCGGCGUUGCCAUCGCCGCCGCCAUCUUCCUCCUCCGCCCUGCUUCCGACCUGUCGAGGGAUUUGGGGGAAGCCGUCGCUGACAUGAUACUGGCCAAUGCCACCAUCUACACCGCCGACCCCGCAAUGCCGUUCGCCGAAGCCAUGGCCGUACGCGCCGGCCGCGUGCUCCGCGUGGGCGGAUACUACUCUGUUAAGGAGUUGAAGGGUAGACACACAAUGGAGUUGAAUCUUAGUGGAAAUGUUGUUCUUCCGGGAUUCAUUGAUUCCCAUGUGCACUUCAUUGAUGGUGGGUUGCAGUUAGCGCGGGUGCCACUUCGAGGGGUUACAAGCAAAGAUGAUUUCAUCAACAGGGUCAAGGAAGCUGUCAAAGAUAAGCAUCCUGGGCAAUGGAUAUUUGGAGGAGGUUGGAACAAUGAUUUUUGGGGAGGUGAUUACCCCACUGCUGCUUGGUUGGAUGAUAUAUCUCCUGAUAAUCCUGUCUGGCUUUCACGCAUGGAUGGACAUAUGGGAAUAGCCAAUUCACUAGCUAUGAGAAUGGCUGGGAUCAACAAAAACACAAACAAUCCAGUUGGUGGAACUAUUAUGAGAACAACUGAAGGAGAGCCUACCGGUCUUCUAGUUGAUGCUGCUAUGAAGCUUGUGUUUGAUGUUAUCUCAGAAGUCUCUAUCCAUGAAAGGAGAGAUGCUCUUCUUAGGGCAAGUAGACACGCCCUAAUGAGGGGGGUGACUACUGUUGUUGAUGUUGGAAGUUAUUUCCCUGGAAAGUCAGAAAAGCAAGUCUGGCAAGAUUUUACAGAUAUAUAUGAAUGGGCUCAUUCUGUCGAAACAAUGAUUAUGAGAGUUUGCUUAUUCUUCCCCAUGCCCACAUGGUCUCGUGUUUAUGACCUUAUCCAUGAAAAAGGUCGGAUGUUAAGUCAAUGGAUUCAUCUAGGUGGUGUUAAAGCUUUCCUUGAUGGUUCUUUGGGUUCUUCCAGUGCUUUAUUCUAUGAGCACUACAAGGAUGAUCCUAGAAGUUAUGGUCUCCAAUUGGUUGACAUGGAUUAUCUGCUCAAUACAACAUUAGAAUUAGACAAAUCAGGACUACAGAUUGCCAUACAUGCAAUUGGAGAUAAAGCCAAUGAUAUGCUACUCGAUAUGUAUGAGAAGGUGGUUGAUUUGAAUGGAAUGAAGGAUCAUAGAUUCCGGAUUGAGCAUGCUCAACACCUUGCUCCCGGUGCAGCCAAGCGCUUUGGCAAACAUGGUAUUAUUGCAUCUGUGCAGCCUGAUCAUAUAUUAGAUGAUGCCAAUUCUGCUGGGAAGAAAAUUGGGAUAGAACGAGCUGAGCGAAGCUCCUAUUCUUUUCGGUCACUAUUAGAUGGUGGUGCACAUCUGGCUUUUGGUUCUGAUUGGCCUGUUUCAGAUAUUAAUCCAUUACAAGCUAUUCGAACUGCAGUAUCCCGCAAACCUGUUGGAUGGGAAGUCCCUUGGAUCCCUGCGGAACGCUUAUCUCUAGAUGAUUCUCUGAAAGCACAUACUAUAUCUGCCGCCUAUGCCUGCUUCCUUGACCAUGUUUUGGGCAGCCUAUCUGAAGGAAAGUACGCCGAUUUUGUGAUCCUGCCUAGCACAUCAUGGAACGAGUUCGGCAGCGACAUAACGGACCACGUCUUGGCAACAUAUGUGAACGGCAAGCAGGCCUAUCCAUGAUCCCAUUAGGUGACCGACUGACUGUGCUCUAGGUUGAGUACCUGAACAAGAGAUUUUAGCUAUGUACCUAAACGAGCACUUGUCCAGAUACACAGCCAAAAUAUGUUAAAUUUGCUGACAGGGAGUACUGUAAUUGUCAUAUGCAAAGUUAGCUAUUUACCUGAACAAGCACUUGUCCAAAUACACAGCUAAAAUCUCUUAAAUUUGUGGACAGUGAAUACUGUAAUUGUCAUAUGCAUACAACAUCUGAGAUUUUAGUAUGUACUUGAACAAACACUUGUCUAGAGAUACACAGCCAAAAUCUCUUAAAUUUGUGGAUA